ACACGCUGCCACAAUGUCAGACAUCAAAAUUGAAGGUUUCAAGUCAUCUGACGUUCUGACCGAGCUCAGUAGUGCAUUCGAACGUUACAGUGAUGCGGAAAAGAAUGCUCAAAUAAAAAAGGCAAAUGGCAUCUUCGAGCUGCGUAUCAAGAACGAAGAGGGCAAGGAGGGAGUGUGGACAAUUGACUUGAAGAAGACGGGGACGGUCUACAAGGGCCCAGCAAAACCGAAGGCAGACGUCACCAUCAUCUUAUCGGACGACACUUUCUUACAGCUCGCAGAGGGAAAGCUGGACGGACAACGCGCGUUCAUGUCCGGCAAGCUGAAGACGAAGGGUAAUAUGAUGCUCGCCACAAAGCUGAAUGACGUACUGAAGGCGGCCAAGCCACCGAAAGCGAAGCUCUGAGCGGACGUUUAUUAUUCUUAGUGCUGCUUUCUCGUACAGUGUUUUCUGUAUAAACUUUGGAACCUGUAUGUAAUCUUUAUGCAUAUCUGUCGUAUUUAGAUAGAUUCCA